AUGGAGUCGGUCGAUUCCGUUGGUAGAUCGGGAGGGUUACUCUCUAUUUGGGAUCCUGACAUCUUUUCGGUCGUUUCGGUGAUUAAGAAUCAAAGAUUUUUUAUUUGCUCUGGCUUUAUCACCGGUGUCGAUGAUCGUGUGCAUAUCAUGAAUGUGCAUGCCCCCAAUGACCCGGCUCGGAGGAGGAUCCUAUGGGAGGAAAUUAAGGGUUUAGUUUUGAAUCAAUGUGGUCUUUGGUUAUUACUUGGAGAUUUCAAUGACGUCAGAGAUGAAGAUGAAAGAGUUAAUUCCCGUUUUGACAGAGCCUCCUCGGAAGCAUUCAACGGUUUCAUAUCCGCUGCCGGCCUCUUGGAAUACUCGAUGACUGGAGGUAAUUUUACCUUUAUUUCUGGUCAUAGUGAAGUCAAAUUGAGUAAAUUAGAUAGGUGUCUUGUAAAUGAUGAAUUUUUAAGCCGUUGGCCUAAUGCGAAGUUACAAGUCCAUAAUAAAGGUCUCUCCGAUCAUUGUCCGAUAUCUCUUUCGUGUGCUUCGGAUGACUUCGGUCCGAUACCCUUUAAAUUCUUUAACUCGUGGAUUGGAGAUAGGAAGCUGGUGGAUAUUGUUGAUAGUGCCUUGAAUGCGGAGAUGGUGUUGGGGCCUAUGGAUGUGAAAUUGGCCAAUAUCCUCAAACCUAUUAAGAAGAGUAUCAAACUGUGGAGAGGAGAAGUCAAAUCUAAUGAGAAUAAAGUUAUUAUUGAAUUGGAAGAAGCUAUUAAAGGAAUUGAGUUAAAAGCCUGUAAUGGGCCGAUUUCAGCGGAAGAAAAGAGAAAAAGAAUUGAGAUGCGGGUUAUCUUAAAUCGUUUGGAAGCAGAUAAGUCCAAAGAUUUGCAGCAAAAGGCCCGUGUCAAGUGGAUCAAAUUUGGAGAUGCUAAUAGCGAGUUUUUUCACAAGGCUAUCAGGAUUAAUGCGGCCAAAAACAGAAUUCAAGGGUUGGUUUUUCAUAACAGGUUGAUCUCUGAUCCGGUGGAACUGAAAGAUGAGAUUAGGAUGUGGUUCAAAAAGCACUUCGCUGAGCCGAUAAGACGAAGACCGGAGUUUGAUAAAAGUGGCCUGCCUUCUCUUUCGGAUCAGCAUGGUUCGAUGCUUUGCGAACCUUUCUCGGUGAAAUAA